AUGUUUUUCAGGAUUCGUGUUCCGUGCCUAAAAGAGCUAGAAGAGAAGAUGCUCUACAAACGCAGACAGACUCUAGAGCCAACGAAUGUGGGAAAAGUCCAAGUGACAAGUUCUCAGUCCCUAAGGUCAGAGGCUGCACCGCAACAGCCUGGGAAAGUGGUAGUCCAACCACCGAAACGAUUGCCUCCCGAACCGGAGAACGAUCGGCGGAUGUAUAUACCGGAUCUACAUCAAUCCAUAACCCAUCGCGAUGUGUUCAACUAUUUCUGCAACUUCGGUGACUUGGAGUGGGUUAGCGUGAAGAACGGCUCCGAUAGCUUGAACUACGCCAUGGUUCUGUAUACGCGAACUGCCUCAAUGGAGAAGGCCAUCAAGUCGAGUCCCCACCUAAUCAAGGGACACGAAUUAAAAUGCCGCAAGGCGAAUGCCAAAUAUCAAAAUAAGGGAAGUAGUCAAUAUAAAGCCAAACCAAAAUCCCCAGUUAAGCCACCUCCCAAACCACCUGUAUUGACGCCCAAGAAAGAGGAAGCCAAGGGCAGCGUCCCUCAGAAGGUGAAGAAGAGUCCUGUCCAACCAAUUCGCAGAUCGGCACGCCUUCAGAAAUUGGUUGAACCCAACCAUAAAUCUGUGCCUCCCAAAAAAGUAGAAAGAAUCUAUGCUUAUGUGGCAACCACAAAAGAUCGAGUUUCCCGAUGGACCAGAUACUUCGAAAGUCCGGAUGUCGAGACGACACACAAGAGGUGGCUUCCUAAGGCCGCGCAGAUUCUACUGCAUUUAAGAGAAAAAGAGGCAGCCAGGGCCGCCAAAUCUAUCAAGCCAAGUGUACCAAAGAAUCUGGGAACUCCUCGCGCUUCGGAAAAACCUCUUAUUUCCACUGGCCAACCUUUACCUCCCCAGCUGCCUGUUACUCCCAAAGUUCCUCUUCCCACAAAAGUUUUCCAUGUGCCUUCCAAUCCAGAUCUGCGUUCCUUCGUGCUCUCCACUCUGGGCCAGAACUAUGUCCACCACUGCUUCACAAAUGUGGAAGCCUAUCGUAGGACCAAGUGCUAUGUGGAUUUGCAGCCCGAGGAGAUGCGGAAUCGACCCACUAUCAAGGACUAUGUGGAUCAUGAGCACGCGAAAUAUCUACCUAACUUCCAUCUCCGUAAAACUUCUAAGAAUAUUUAA